ACCCGUUAGAUGCAUUUACGUAAUAAGUUAGGUGAAUUCAGGUAAAAGCUCAAGUAAAUCUGGUGGAUAAGUAACAGAACAAACGUGAUUUUUAGAAAAUGCAACUGUUUAUUUCGUAAGUUAUAAAUUAGAUAGAAAAAUCUUCGUUUCUCUUCUUAAGGAUAUCCGUUUGAAUUGCUGUUUUGCUUUCACCUUUUCUCAUAAACACAUUCACUUUGCAAGAAUGAAAACGUUAAAAAGCUCCUAUCUUCUACUUUUUCUGCUCGCAAGUACAGUCUUUUCAGAUAGUGUGGAAGAAGCUAACGAAUAUAUGGAUCUACUGCUGGGAAAUCUAAGAAACGAUCCCGUGAUUGCCAAAAAAGUGGAACCAAUCCACGUUCCCAACGUAAGAGAGAACACAUUCGAAGGUAGAAAUAUAUACAUUGAAGGAUUAUCCGAUCUUUAUAGAUUAGAGGACAGUCACGUUGAGGCCAAAGGAGAUAAAACAUACGUAACUUCUAAAUUGGGAGUGGCUAAAAUUAAAUUUAAUAUGGAUUAUAAAGUGAAAAACCCCCUUUUACCUCUCUGGAUCAGCGGUAAAGCGGAAGGGAAGAUCGACCACGUGACAGUUCGCUGUGUUGUCGGAGUAUCUUCUCUUGAUGGAACUGGAAAAGUGGAGGAAUUUAUAGUAACAGAUUUUGGUGGAUUUAAGGUUACUAAAGUUCGGGGUGCCACAAUCGCUUUUAAUUGGUUAGUGACUAUUAUAGCAAAUGUCAUGUUUAAUCACUCCAAAGGAAUGGUGAUCGAAGGUAUUGAAAAUGGCGUAUCAAAACUGCUUCAAGAAAAAUUGAGUGAAGUGAAGAUAACUUCUAGAAAGUUAAAUUCAGAUAGACGAUAGGUUAUAAGAGCCUGUAUGAAACUAUAAAUGUAUCCGAAACUGUUAAUAUUCUACAACAAUUCUGUAAUUUUUAAGAGUUUAUGGGUUAUUCUUUUAAGAAAAUGUAAUACUCAUGUAUUAAAAUCUUAAUAUAACUCAAGACAGUUAAAUUUGUUUACUUUGGCCUAAAUUUUAUAACUUCUUGUUUUAGAUAAAUCCAUUCUAAUAUGGAUAACAUAGACCCACAUUACAAAGCAAAGAGUUUGGAAAUACAGUAAAACUUGCGUAAACCGGAAUCACACAGUGCCGAAUAUAUUUUCUGGUUUUGUAGUGUUUUUAACAUGGAAAAUUGCUAGGUUAGGAAGAAUUUUUUUCGUUUAGACAGGCUUUCGUUUUAUUCAGAUUCCGUUUUAGACAGGUUUUACUGUAAAUGCAAAUAAUAUGAAUAAAAUGGAAGGUUUCAUUA